UAUUUCUGUGUUGCACAACAGUUAUAUGUGUUUCCUUCAACAUGUUUGGUGUUUCUGUUCAGCGGUGAAUGACAGUGAAGCUCUUCUUUAAGGUCUCCCCCCGCUGACCCUUCUCCAGGUGUGGACUGACUGCAGGUCCAGCCAUGCUGCUCCCCCUCCUGCUGCGUCAGUCCCUCCGCUGCCCUCCGGUGUUGUUGACAGGAAGCGCCCGGUGCCACACUCAGAGGACGCUGCACUCUCAGGCCGAGCACUUCCUGCGCCGGAAGCUUCCUCUGCGCUCCCACGCUCAGAGCCGAGGCGUGAAGAGCCGGAGCAGGAAGUCCAAGAGCCAGGAGGAGGAUUGGAAAGCCAGGAACAAGACGGUGUUGACGUACAUCGCUGCUGCGGGCGUGGGAAUGAUCGGCCUAUCGUACGCCGCCGUGCCGCUCUACAGGCUCUACUGCCAGGCGUCGGGACUUGGCGGCACGGCGGUGGCCGGCCAUGACACAGAUCAGGUGGAGACGAUGAAGCCGGUGAAAGAACGCAUCAUCAAAGUCUCGUUCAACGCAGAUCGACACGCCAGCAUGCAGUGGAACUUCAAACCGCAGCAGACGGAGAUCUUUGUGGUUCCAGGUGAGACGGCGCUGGCUUUCUACAAAGCAAAGAACCCCACAGACAAACCCAUCAUCGGCAUCUCCACCUACAACGUGGUCCCCUUCGACGCCGGGCAGUACUUCAACAAGAUCCAGUGUUUCUGCUUCGAGGAGCAGCGACUGAACCCUCACGAGGAGGUCGACAUGCCCGUCUUCUUCUACAUCGACCCCGAGUUCGACGAGGACCCCCGCAUGGCCCGCGUGGACACCAUCAUCCUGUCCUACACCUUCUUCGAGGCCAAAGAGGGGCAGAAACUUCCUCUGCCCGGAUACAGCUACAACUGACCCGACAGGGGCGCCAUCAUCCUGAUCCUGAUCCUGAUCCUGAUCCUGAUCCCUACUAAAACUAAAAACUUAAGUUUUGUUGUUAAGUUAAAAUGCAAACGAAACCUUUGACUGUGAAGAACAUUUUUUGAGAUGACUUCCUGCUGUCCCACGUCAUCAGAGAUUCAGGACGUCUGGUCGUAGCCGAGAGAAUCAUCAGCAACAUUUAGCUCCUGGAUACCACAUGUUUUAAAACGACACAACCUCUAUUGACUUAAUGUUUGAUAUCGGGCUGUCAGCAAUCACAAUUAAUCUCAAUUUGUCCCUUCAGGCUCUCCGUAGAUACUCGUCCUCAGUGUCUCCCUGUAGUCUCAGUGAUGUAAAAGAAGAACACUGCUGCAUCUCUGAAUGUCUCAUUUCACUUUAACAAACUCUCAGACAGUAAUAUCCACCUUAUGACAUCACACAUUGACCUUAUGACAUCACACAUUGACCUUUGACGUGGAUCACUUGACUCUUCUCUUUAAAGGGCGCCGUGACUCGAGGGCGUUGAUCUGAGACUGAAGACUGUUUGUGUUUGACGCCCGAGAGACCGACUGAUUGGACUGAUUGAUUUGUUCAACACACUGAAGAUGAAUGAAUAUAAUAUAUUUAAAUCUGUAAUAAAGGUUUGAACACUCUGUUUUAUUUCUUUAAA